AUGCCCAGUUUAUUUUUUGACGAUGUGUACAAGUCAGUUUAUCUCAAAGACGAGUUUUGGAAAAACGAUGCGGAAUCAGGGUUAUGGCACAACAAAACUAUAUGCCUUCUGGGCUUCGAUGACCAGCUUGACAGUUGCAGGGACCUGGUUGUCUGUUUGCUAAAAUCGCUCAUCACCAAAGGAGCCAACAUCGUCAAGUACCCUAAUAAGAAGGUCGAUGUGAGGAAAAUUCCAGUCCACUUUUACCUGUGUAACUACUCUUUGGGAGUUGAGGUGAAGCCCCCGAACUCAGUGGACUACAAGCUAGUCACGCCGAUAUGGCUUUACAGCUGUAACAGGGACAAUAAAAUCUACUCCUCAGACACAAUGCCGAUCUUCAGAGCAAACAGGAAGUUCAACUGUCUGCAGUUCGGGCGCAGCGACCUGCACGUUUCACUGAUAGGCUCCUUGAACAAUGUGCUCUGCGGCAGAGUGAGUGACAUGAGCGACAUCAAAUGCAGUUUCGACACACUGCACAGGUUCAUAGCACACUGCGGCUUCUCAUUCAUCGACUAUUCUCAACUAAAAGAUCAAAACUUCAAACACGAAGGGAAGCUGUACUUGCUGUUCUGCAAGACCUUCGACGAGAGCUUCGAGGACGGAAUCAUCGACGCGUCGGCCACCAUUCCCUGCUUAAGCAUACAGUGGCUCUUCGACUCGUACUUGGCAGGCGAGAUGAAGGAAACUAAGAACUACCUAGUCAGUCUGCAGAGAUACAACACCAAAUCGCAACUCAAGAAAAAGAAACCCAUGAAGAGAAACUUCAGCAACAGGGUGCUGUGCUUCUCAUUCGGGUUCGCAGUUGAAAACGAGCUCAACAACGUCGACUUGAAGGACUUCGAGGCCUCGGCGGCCUACGUGGUGAAUCCCAUAUACGUCCUGGCGCCCUGGGCGCUCAAGACUGAGAACCAGAACAUAAAGAAGAUGUACAACAACAUCUCCCUGGUCGAGGAGAAGAAGCUGAUCCUGUUCAUAUCAAAGAACGAGAGCAUGAACGAGGCGAUGGGACUUUUCGGCGAGCUCUCCCUCCUGAUUGAGAACUCCGUUCCCAGGUUGGGGAAGAACCUGGUGCGCAACAUUCGCGUCUACAACUCUCUCAACACCACCGCCUCAAACUCCAUCGAGGUGCCCUUCGAGCUCCUCGACGGGAACAAGCUAAACGUCUUCGAGAAGAACGUGAACGUGAACCUCUACGACCUGGCCGACAGCAUCACCUUCAUGGACAUCGAGGACCUAUCUCAGUACAAGGAGGAGGCCAACAUUUCCCAGAACACUCAGGAAAUACAUGAACUGUGA